CACCUUCUUCUUCCCACACUCAACGCCAACGGUCCUCCCGUUCACCAACAAUGGCGACCCUUCGCUUCCUGUGCUUCCUUUCCGUUCUGGUCCUUUCUGGGGCAUCUCCACUGGUUCUGACGGUGGUGAACAACUGCCCCUUCACGGUCUGGCCGGCCAUCCAGCCGAACUCCGGCCACGACGUGCUGGAGCGCGGCGGCUUCGCCCUCGAGACCCUCCAGCACCGCACUUUCCACGUGCCCGACCGCCACUGGUCCGGCCGCAUCUGGGGCCGCACAGGGUGCCACUACUCGCGCGGCGGGUUCUUCUGCGCCACCGGCGACUGCGGUGGCCGGAUCGAGUGCGGAGGCGCCGGCGGAGCAGUCCCGGCGACGUUGGCGCAGUUCUCGCUCCACCACCCGAACACGGACCUGUCGUCCUAUUCCGUGAGCCUGGUGGACGGGUUUAACCUGCCGAUGACGGUGACGCCGCACGAGGGGAAGGGGGCGUGCCCGGUGGUGGGCUGCCGAGUGAACCUGUUGGAGACGUGCCCGCCGGCGCUGCGGGUGGCGCAUGGGGGAAAGGUGGUAGGGUGCAAGAGCGGGUGCGAGGCGUUCGGGACGGACGAGCUGUGCUGCAGGGGGCACUUCAACAGCCCGGCGACGUGCAAGGCGUCGACGUACUCGGAGUUCUUCAAGCACAGUUGCCCGGCCACCUUCACCUACGCCCACGACAGCCCCUCCCUCACUCACCAGUGUGCCUCCCCAGUGGAGCUCAAGGUCAUCUUCUGCCACUAGCCCCCCAAUAUGGAAGGAGCAGGACAGGGAUGGGACGUGCACUUGCUCCGGUGUCGCAUCAGUAGUCUUAAGGGUUUUACAAGUCUUCUUAUCUCUCAUCUCCUUUGCAUUCUAGGGUUUUAGAUCUCUCUCUGGUUUUCAGUGUCCAAAGCUGGUCUAUGCUUGUCGUCUCUCUCUGUCUCUAGACUUGCUUGCAGUGGAUAUAUUCUCUUUUCUGGGUUUAUCCCUCUUUUUUUUUCUGGGUAUGAUCUCUCACUCUCUCUCUAGUCUUGCCAUCUGGUUUGUGUUCGUGGUCUCUCUCUCUCUUUUAUAUGCUUCUUAGGGUUUCCAAAAGAACUUUUAGGAGGUUGGCAAUAGCUGGUUAUGUUGUUAGGCAUUACUGGUUGUUCGCCUUUGUUAUGUUCUUUGUGAGUUCUGUAGACGGGGUUUUCAUCUUUUUUAUGUGCAUCACUCAGCAGGGAAGUGUAAAGAUCGCAAGGGCGAAGGCAAAAUUAUGGCCUUUCUAUUUGAAAAAUAAAUAGUUCUCACA